AUGAGCUUCAAGAGCGUCCAAGCGGCGGGUGAGAAGAUGCAGGCAGAGCUUCGCGAAAGCGGGCUCGAUGUCCUAUGCAACAAUGCUGGAAUUAUGGGCUUCGGCGACAAGGCAACAGAGGAUGGUUGCGACAUCCAGAUGCAGACCAACCACCUGUCCCACUUCCUCCUGACCUAUCUCUGUCUGCCCUUGCUUGGCAAGGCGGCCUCUUUGCGAGGGGAGGCCAGGGUCAUCAACCACUCCAGUUGCGCGCGCGUCAUCGAUGGCCCAGAGUUUGGGGACCAAAGGCUGCAGGAGAAGUACCUGCAGAAGAACGGAGGCAACUUGGGUGGAGACAGCAACACCAUCAUGCGGGGAGCCAACUUCGUCCGCUAUCAGCAGAGUAAGCUGGCUAACGUAGUCUUCACCUACGCGCUCCACGAGCGCCUGCAGAAACAGGGCUCCAAGGAGUCGGAAGUUUGGGGCAAGGAGCUGUGGAUGAAGGGGCUAACAAUCAGUGAAGUCCUUGGUGGCCCACCCGGGAGUGGCUCCGACGUCCCUGACGCAGGGCACCAUGAACGCUGGGGGUACCAGUCCGAGGAGGACGGUGCCGUUGGCAUCCUCCGAAACGCUUGUGACCCUGAGGCAAAAUCCGGCGAGUUCUACGGCCCACUGGGCAAGGGAGGCGCUACUGGAAGCCAUGACAGCGGUGAGUACAAGGGGCCCGUGGGGGUCCUCAAGAAGGAGCCCCUUGCCGAUGCAGAGGCCCAGGACAUGCUUUGGGCUGCCAGCGAGGCACCUUGCGGGCCUUACUUGUGUGCUUAA